AUGAAGGCUUCUUCUCUCAAGGCCGUAUCAUUCUUUACCUCCUUCGUCGCCGCCUCUCUUCUUCCUUUCUCUUCCACCAGCGAUUCCGCUCCUAAAACCAUCGAGACCGUUGCGGGUUCAACAGGUCCCGAUCAUAUCUCAAUACACUUUCGCGCACCCUGCCAGGGCUGCUUCAUUGGCACCGAUAAUGGCCUGGAACUAACACUGGAGAUUGAUUCAGCCGAGGAGGAGUGUAGCAGUGCUCCUCCUCGACUCAAUGGUUUACCUCUUGUCCUGACCAAGGGGAACAAUGUCGGUCAUGGACAGAUCUCCUUCAUGUCCAAGGCUUCAAAUGGCCUGGGUGAGAAAGAAGUCCAUGCCACCUGGCAGUCGACAUGCCUUAAGGGACAAGCGUCGAUAGUGUCUGUUCGCUUUGACGAUGUAGUCGGACACAAUCGCGUUCAAGACACCUCCGGUUUUACGACCUCCUUCAGACAGAAGGGCGGGCCUACCGUCCUUCGACUCCAAGACAAACCUGUCGAUCACCUCUCAUCCGAAACCCUUUGUGAUGACUGGCUUCUCCCUGACGACCAAGCACUUUCCGUGAUCCCAGUCAUGAGUGACGAGAACAUGUCACUUGAUGAGCUUCUACAACUCGAGUCCGAUAAACUCGAAGGUCUCAGCGAGGAAAUGGCCGAUCUUCACGCUCAAAUGCGCAAGGCCGAAGGCAAAAUAUUGUCCAUCUUGAAACAAGACUUUAAGACAUGCUCGAGCAUAAAAUGUCUGUGGCAAACUGCUCUCAAGAAGCUACCAGCGAUCAAACAAUUCGUAGCCGCCCACUUUUCCCAUCGAAAGCAUCAUAGAGAUGGCUGUACGGAGGGUGAGAGCCAGACUGCGUGCUCCACACAUACUGGAGAUCAAGAGGCUCCGCACGAUGAAAUCGAGGAAGAGCGACCUGAAGUUACGUCGUCCGCGGCCACCACACGUUCAUUACCAACGCCGACAGCCGCAACAGCGGCAGUGGGCGAAUGGCAUUACUGGGAGCCCUCUAGUCCUCCACAGCCAUCCACUGAAGUUUCGGCGCCUGAGCAUAAGUCUCAGACACUCCCAUCACCCGAGGAAGCCGAGAGUCAUCCCGAGAGUCAUGACGGCCCGCCGUUUGCCUGGCCUGGAGGUCACGGUCCGCCGCAUCAUCCUCCGUGGUUCAACCCAGGCGACAAGGACCAUCCGAACCCACCGUUUAAUGGUCGACCACCUCACGGUCCUCCCCCGGGUUGGCGAGGCCCACCGCCUUGGGCAUUCGGACCCCACAGCGGACCAGGUAGACGUCCCUCCGGCGCUUCUACUGCGCAACCCGGUCUCCUGUAUUCUAGCGAGCAACACAGCUUUGAAUACAAGCUAGGCCUGUCAGUUCUUGCACUUUUAGUGUUGGUCAUAGUCUCAGGACUUCUCUUCAAACUGAUCAGGACCAAAACAUUGGGGUACCGAGAUCCACGACGGCGAGCCGAACGCGCCGCCCGCAGGGAAGAACGACGAACCAAGAAACUAUACCGCAAAGCCGCUUGCAAACACAAACUGCUAUCCUGGUGGAAGCGACAUCGACCUACUUCGUCAGAUAAUUACGAAGAGAAAAGGCGCAUGAUCCUCGAACAAGAGGGCAUACUUGAAGAGGCCAUGCAGAAAGAGAUCCAAGAUUUACAGACUACAUCGGACUUUGUGCGAGAUAUCAUUCGAGCUGAAGAGGGACGGGCCACUCAGUCCCGGGUUUAUCAACGAGCAUUUACACCUGCCGAGCUCGAAGCUGGAGUGGGACCGAGUCGAUUGCCUGAGAUUCCCCCUUCAUAUUCUGCCCCGCCGCCCCGAUAUGAGCAGGAGCUUGCUGGCGAAAUCACAGUUGUGGAUGGCUUUACUUAUACCCCGAGCGCCACUGAUUGUACCUCGGAAAGCAGUGUCGUCGACUGCAGCCCGAGGCUGAGCUUCGAGACUGGGAGGUCCACAAUUUUAACGAAAGAUGCUCAAGGGUAG